AUGGGUGAACUUAAUGCUCACGCCUAUUGUGAUAAAGUGAAGAAACUUGCUGACCUUCUGGAAGGUAUCGGUGAAAAAGUCAAACACAGGAACCUUAUCUCAUAUGCCCUUAACGGGCUUUCCCAAAAAUUUGAGAGUGUGGCCAACAUCCUCCACCACCGCAAGCCUAUUCCCUCGUUCUCGGAGAUGCGCACCACCCUCUCUGUUGAAGAAACCCGUCUCGCCUCCUCCGCUGUUAGCUCUUCUUCCUACCCCAGUCACUCCUCUUCUCAUUCUCUUCUUCACGUCGACUCUGGUUCGUCAAAUCGAGGAAAAGGCUCGAACUCUAACCGUGGAAGAAAUCGGUCUCACAGGGGAGGGAAUCACGCCUCCAAUUAUCGUCACCCACCUACCAUAAAUCCAAAUAGCUUUGGGAACCAUCAAUAUGGGUGGUUCUUUGUUCCACCACUGAAGAUUUCUGCCCAACCAUAG